AAACUGUACACCGACGCGCUGGGCGGCGUCGACACCGGGGAAUCCCACACGGUCGCGGUGCUGAAGCAGGGCGCGGCGCAGGUCGUCUUCCACAAAUUGGAGGAUGAUUUGGCGACGGCGGAAGCAGCGGCUGCGAAAAUCAAGGAGCGGGAGAUGAUGAAGCGGCUGCAGGACCAGGG